AUGACUGAGCAGGAAAAAUGUGGUGAGGCUUCUUUACGUAUUUCUUGGACUCUGGCUAAGCAUAUGAAACCAUUUACUGAUGCUGACGUAGUUAAAGAAUGCUUUCUUGAGGCGGGUAAUGCUUUAUUUGAGAACAAAAAGAAUGUUGUUGAGAUGAUACGACGGAUUCCGUUAUCUGCUUCUACUAGCACCAGAAAUACACACGUUUUGGCAGAAGAAAAUCAUUGCGAUUUGAAACGGCAGUUAAAUAAUGCAAACUAUUACGCCUUGGCUAUGGAUGAAUCAUGCGAUAUCACUGAUACGGCACAGUUAAUUAUUUUUGUACGCUACCUGGACAAAACGAGAGAAACUUUUGUUGAGGAGAUAUUGGCUCUUUUGCCGCUCUUAGGAAGAACACGAGGAGAAGACAUGAUCAAAGCAGUAAUGGAUUAUUUUGAAAAAGAUGAGUUAGACUUGAAGAAGCUCUUAUCGGUAACUACUGACGGUGCGCCAGCAAUGGUUGGGAAUAAAAAAGGACUAGUUCACCUGUUGAGAAGCAAUGAGAGAUGUAAUCAAAAUUUGAUUUCCUACCACUGUAUUAUUCAUCAAACUGUGCUUUGCUGCAAACUCAAUCAUAAUUUUGAGCGUAUUAUGCAAGAAGUGAUGAAAAUAGUAAACUUUCUUCGUGCUAAAUCAUCAUUGCAACAUCGUGAAUUGAAAUCAUUCACGUCAGAUGGUUAA